UCUAGAAGCUGCGGCUGUGGCCAGCACACCAAAAACAACACAAGAUGGCACGCAAGCAACAGCGGGAGCGCAAGAACCAAGCCAAGGACGACGCGGCGCCCUACAAGGGAGGCAACAAGGAAGGAAACAAGGACGGCAACAACGGCGCAAGAGGCGGACGUGGUGGACGUGGUAAAGGCCGCGGUGGCGGCAAAGGUCGCGGCGGCGGCCGUGGCGAGAAGAAGAAGCCCACAACUGCGGACGACUUGGACGCGGACAUGGACAAGUACUGGGGGAAGAGCUCGGAGCAUGCGCAGAAGAAAUUGGACGGGGACAUGGACGACUACUGGAAGAAGAAGGACGAAGUGGUCCCUGAAACCACAGACGACGCCGCCCCCACUGUCGUCGACCCCGCAGCUACUGACAACGCAGACACCGACAAGACCGAGUAGGUCCACGUUGGUUGCUGGACGAGUCACUUGGACAACUACCACUUCAUGGUCAAUCGACCCUCGAGUUUUGGCCCGCCGAGAUUACACAAAGAAUACAUAACCCCCCACCUUUAUCGUGUAUGUCGCGUUCCUCCCUCCACCUCGUAUGGACGCCAAGCGUUGAUGCGAACGAGCCUUGCUUGAUCAAGCCCCCACUUGUUCUCAAGGGCCAAAGUUGAGCGACGGAGCCACAAAGGAGAGCAUCCAGCAUGACGACGCGGGUACGUUGUCGAGGACGCGUAGACGGAACGCCUCCGACUCGUAGCCUGUAACUUUGGACGUUGUGCAUCAAAGUUGUCGCGGAAGUGUCCGUCAACUUGUUGGUACACGCGAUGUUGAUUACAACCAAUGUACGCAUCGUACUUUAGUAUAUCGACGUUUGAUUCGCUAAAAAUAAUACAAAGUUCGCGAA